AUGGUAGUCUGGAAUAGACCUAGAAUAACUCUACUUUCAGUAGGUAUUCUUUUCCACCUUUUUUAUUUAUGGUCCAUCUUUGAUAUAUAUUUUGUUUCACCAUUGGUACAUGGUAUGUCCCUUUUUAAGAGUACUGAAACUCCACCAGCAAAAAGAUUAUUUCUUAUCGUAGGUGAUGGUUUACGUGCCGAUACUACAUUUGCAAACAUUACACAUCCAGUAACUGGUGAAAGUGGUUAUCUUGCACCAUUUAUUCGUUCAAUUGUCCAAGAAAAGGGAACUUAUGGUGUAUCUCAUACAAGAAUGCCUACUGAAUCAAGACCAGGUCAUGUUGCCAUGAUUGCUGGUUUCUAUGAAGAUGUCAGUGCAGUGACUAAAGGUUGGAAAGAAAAUCCAGUUGAUUUUGAUAGUUUUUUUAACCAAUCUACACAUACCUAUUCCUUUGGUUCACCAGAUAUUUUACCUAUGUUCAAAGAAGGUGCUACUGAUUCCAACAAAGUGGAUGCAUGGAUGUAUGGUCACGAAUACGAAGAUUUCACGCAAUCUUCAAUUGAAUUAGAUGCUUAUGUGUUUAGACAUCUUUACCAAUUAUUUGAUAAUUCUACAAGUGAUUCAGAGCUUGAUUUCCAAAUUAGACAAGAUGGGAAUGUAUUUUUCUUACAUCUGUUGGGCUGUGACACAGCAGGUCAUUCAUACAGACCAUAUUCCGCUGAAUAUUAUGAUAAUGUUAAAUAUAUCGAUGAACAAGUUUCCAUUUUAGUUGAUAAAGUUGAAAAGUUUUUCGGAGAUGAUGAUACGGCCUUCAUUUUUACCGCUGAUCAUGGUAUGAGUUCUUUCGGUUCACAUGGUGAUGGUCAUCCAAACAAUACACGUACACCUCUUAUUGCUUGGGGUGCUGGUAUUAAUACACCUGUAAAGAAUAAAUCUCCAAUCUUUGAUAAUUAUACAGAAUCGUGGAAUUUAGGUGAUAUUCAAAGAAAUGAUGUUAAACAAGCUGAUAUUACUCCAUUAAUGUCUUACUUAAUAGGUACUAAUUAUCCUGCUAACUCCGUCGGUGAAUUACCUCUGGCAUUUAUCAAUACUAAAGAUGGUGAGAAAUUUCAAGCUCUGUACAAUAAUGCAAGAAGUAUCUUAGAACAAUAUUUAGUGAAAGAACAAGAAGUAAUUGCAUCACAAUUCACUUAUACUGAAUACUAUAAAUUCGAAGAAAAAUCCCAUGAAUCUUAUUUGAACGAGAUUCACUCUUUAAUUGACCAAAUAUCAAAUGGUGAUGCUUCAUUAGAACCACAAGUAAUCAAGUUGACAGAAACACUAAUGAGCACCACUUUGGAAGGUCUACAAUAUCUAACCACAUAUAACUGGAGAUUGAUUAGAACUAUUGUUACCUUUGGGUUUAUUGGAUGGAUCGUGUACUCAUUCAGCAUCUUUUUAAAGGUCUUCAUAUUAGAUAAGGAAAAUGAAAAUAAUUCUCCUUCAUUGUUGAAUAUAUCUUUGUUUGGUAGCAUAAGUAUUAUAUUGAAUUACGUUCUUUAUUACCAACGUUCUCCAUUCAAUUUUUACAUGUAUCUUUUAUUCCCCAUAUUAAUGUGGAGCCAAAUUUUUACAGAUAAAGCUGUUCUUGUUCAUGGUAUUAAGAAAUUCUUUAAAUCCAUUUCUGUCACAGAAAGAGUGAUUAUUGCUAUCUGCACUGUUGGAAUAUAUGAAAGUAUAGUAUACGGUUUCUUUCAUCGUUGGAUCUUUACAUUAAUAUUCGUGAUCUUAGCAUUUUAUCCAUUAAUUUGUGGUAAUAAGAGCAUAUUAACAAACGUUUCCUGGAUGUUGACUAGUUUCUAUAUAUCCACUUUCACAUUGUAUGAUGCAGUUAAAAUUGAAAGUUUGACACAAAUCAAUUUAGCAGGUACAUUUAUUGUUUUAGGAUCCUUACAUUCAAUUUUUAAGAUUGUUAAAUCGAAACAAGUUAGUUACUAUUCUUUAUCAAACUUAUUAGCACAAGUGAGUCUUGUACCAUUAAUGCUAUUAACCACAAACAAAUCUGUUAUUUCUUUACAAAAUAGAACCGGCUUACCUAGAGAUGCACAAAUUGCCGGAUGGGUAAUUAUGAUAUUAUCAUUAUUUGUUAUGCCAUUCUUACAUUAUUUAAAGCCAAGUAAUCAUUACAGAGUUAGAUUAUUAAUCAUCUUUUUAACAUUUGCACCAACAUUCAUCAUUUUAUCCAUCUCUUUUGAGUCAAUUUUCUACUUUUUAUUCACUGGAUAUGUCGUGCAAUGGAUUGAGAUUGAAACACAAAUCAAGAGACUGAAACUAAAGGAUCAAGAAGAAAGUUAUGCUCAAUUAAUUAGAAUUUCAUUAAUUGGAUUUUUCCUGUUACAAGUUGCAUUUUUCGGUACUGGUAACGUUGCAUCAAUUUCAUCAUUCUCCUUAGACUCUGUUUAUAGAUUAAUACCAAUUUUUGAUCCAUUCCCAAUGGGUGCAUUAUUAAUGUUGAAAUUAAUUAUUCCAUAUAUUAUCUUAUCAACAGGUUUAGGUGUUUUGAAUUUGAAAUUAAACAUUAAGGAUUACACAAUUUCUACAUUAAUUAUUUCAACGAGUGAUAUACUAUCAUUAAAUUUCUUUUAUCUGUUAAAGACAGAAGGGUCAUGGCUUGAUAUUGGUGUUACCAUCUCAAACUAUUGUUUAGCUAUCUUAUCUUCAUUGUUUAUGUUAACAAUAGAGAUGAUAGGACACAUUUUAUUAAAGAACGUUAUCGUAGAACAGGACGUAGAUAAAACCAAAAAGAAACAAUAA